CCCACCAGGCACGCUGACGGCGCGGACGCUGUGCUUGCGCGUGUGGUCGCCAUUUUGCUCAUAGAGACGCCGUUUGGAGGCUCGGUCCUUUCUUCCUUCGGCAGGCAGCCGAGGCUGCGGCUAGGCCGGGCCUGGGGUCGGGGCCAGGAGGAGGAGCAUAAAAGGAAGUUGUCCAUAAUUGGCUUUAAGCAGCACACAGUAAAACUUUGAGCUCUUCUGCUCCACCUUUCUUGCUCUGAGAAUUGGAAAACCAAGAGGUUUUGAUGUUUUGUGUGGCGACAACUGAAUUAGAAGCCAAGAUGAAUAUAACCAAAGGAGGCCUGGUGUUGUUUUCAGCAAAUUCUAAUUCAUCAUGUAUGGAGCUUUCAAAGAAAAUUGCUGAGCGGCUGGGGGUGGAAAUGGGCAAAGUGCAGGUUUACCAGGAACCUAACCGAGAAACAAGAGUACAAAUUCAAGAGUCGGUGAGGGGAAAAGAUGUUUUCAUCAUUCAAACUGUUUCAAAGGACGUGAACACCACCAUCAUGGAGCUCCUGAUUAUGGUGUAUGCGUGUAAGACCUCUUGUGCCAAAAGCAUUAUUGGCGUGAUUCCCUACUUCCCUUACAGCAAACAGUGCAAGAUGAGAAAAAGAGGCUCCAUUGUUUCUAAGUUGCUGGCUUCAAUGAUGUGCAAAGCUGGUCUAACUCAUCUUAUUACUAUGGAUUUACACCAGAAGGAAAUUCAGGGCUUCUUCAAUAUUCCUGUUGAUAAUUUAAGAGCAUCUCCUUUCUUAUUACAAUAUAUACAAGAAGAGAUCCCAGAUUACAGGAAUGCAGUCAUCGUAGCCAAAUCUCCAGCCUCAGCAAAGAGGGCACAGUCAUUUGCAGAGCGCCUUCGUCUGGGCAUUGCAGUGAUUCACGGAGAAGCUCAAGAUGCUGAGUCGGACUUGGUAGAUGGACGGCAUUCCCCGCCCAUGGUCAGGAGUGUGGCUGCCAUCCACCCCAGCCUAGAGAUCCCCAUGCUGAUUCCUAAAGAAAAACCUCCAAUCACAGUGGUCGGCGAUGUGGGAGGAAGGAUUGCCAUCAUUGUGGAUGACAUCAUCGAUGAUGUUGACAGCUUUCUGGCUGCAGCAGAGACCCUGAAGGAAAGAGGUGCGUACAAGAUCUUUGUGAUGGCGACUCACGGCUUGCUAUCUUCAGAUGCUCCCCGACUGAUUGAGGAGUCUGCCAUCGAUGAGGUGGUGGUUACCAAUACAAUUCCACAUGAAAUCCAAAAGCUCCAGUGCCCCAAAAUUAAAACAGUGGAUAUCAGCAUGAUCCUUUCAGAAGCUAUCCGUCGGAUUCACAAUGGGGAGUCCAUGUCCUACCUUUUCAGAAACAUAGGCUUAGAUGACUGAAGAGCUCUUCUUUCUUGAACUCCCAAGGGCCAAACUGGAAACGUGACGAGGAAGACUGGGAGAGACCAUGCCUGAUUUCAUAUAUUUCCCAGGGGCCAUGUCUGUUUUGUUCCUUUCUUGUUAAUUCCUAUGAAGAUAGACCAACUUUUUGUGUCAGUUGGGUGUUUGUGAGGUUUUUGAGCAAUUUUUAUAAAAGAAAAACUAUGUUCUCCUCUUUAAUAAAAUAAUUUAAGACCUUAUUGUUUUUUAGUUUAACACUCAAAAUAUAACUUGGAAUGAGAAUUUUUAGCUCACAAACAGCCUUUUUCCAAAAUUGUUGGAGCCCAAGUGCUUAAAAAAUCUAAUAAAAGGAAAUGGUCUACUGUAUGAUACCUGCAGUUGAAAAGCCAAAAAAAAAAACAAAAAACUAUACUGUUGAAUCCAGGUAAUGACAUUUUUAGAAAUGCUUUUAUAGACAAGCAUAUGGAAUAUGUGACCAUUAUUUAUUUUCUGCAACAAAAGAAGGAAUGAAAACUUAACGUGUUUGUGUGUGAUUUUUUACACUUUGUGUUUUGUCAAUUGUUUUAUAACUAAAAUAAAAUGAAAGCCGAAU